AUGAAGUGCCGUGCGCUGUGCGCCCUGCUGGCCCUUGCGCUGUGCUGCUCCGUUCAUUGCUUCGUCGCAGACGCAUCUGCCGCAAAGCCUCCGCUUGCUCCUGCCCCUGCUCCUGUUGCGAAUUCCACCGCUGGGGCGUUGCCGAGGAAUAUGAAGCAGGUGUUGGAGGAGGCCUUGAAGGCGGUGCUGAAGUCGCAGGAAGACGCCCAUGAGGCCAGCACCCACUGCGUGGAAGCGAAGCUGAGCGCCGCAAACGCACUGAAGGACGAGCAGGAGGCUGAGGAGAUUUUGAGGGGGCUCGACGCGGAGCUCGUCCCGCUGAGCAAGUCUCUGCCGAAGGCGCGGCAAGCCAGAAAAGAGGCGGCUGCCGCUGCCGCCGAGUGCGAGCGGGCGAGUUCGGCUGCGUUGACGGCGGAGGGUGUGGCACUGGCGGCGGUGCAGGAAGUGCUGAACCACACCCUUGCCGCAAGAUCGGACCGGAUGAAGCACGACGCUGAGUCGUUGGAGAAGGUGAGCGCGCUGACCAAGCGAGCCAUUGCCGAGGCGCACAAAGUGGAGAAGCACGCUGAGAAGGCGGCGGUGGCGGCGACUGGCGCGCUAAAAGCUGCACAAAAAGCCGAAGAGGCGCUUUCUGCGGUCAAGGAAGUGGCUUCCAUUGCAAGUCUACUGCUGCAGAAGUUCGCAAAAGAGGAGGAACGGCGUUUUGCCAGCGAGCGGGCGAGAGCCGACGCCACAACUAAACGAGCCGAGAGCGCGGAGUUGGCUGCAAAGGUGGCGGAAGAGAAGCUGGCAAACGCAGGCGUCAGCACGGGAGCUGUGUACGUUGGCGGCGGAGCCCAGCCGGGCUCGCGCAGCCCAAGGGCAAACACGGUCAUAAGAAGGGACGGCGACGUCAUUGCUGCUUGCGUGCGUGCACCACUUCUCCUUCUGGUUGCACUGGGCUGCGUUGUCUUAUCUUGGGGUCUCAUCUAG